CUGACACAAUUCAACAUCACACUUUAUCAAACAAGCCGCUCAACAGGAUGCAAGUUUAGGUCAGGGAUCAUGCCCAUACCUCAGAGACGGUUUAAGCCCUGAGGUAUCCUUGUUUGUGUCACAGAACCUGAGAAGCAAAAGCAGAUCACGCCAAAUUGUCAUGCAACAUAUUGUCUAAUUGCACCUUUUUUUCUUAUUCCCCCGAGGCUCUUCUCACCGGCUUGUCCAGAUUUGGACUAGAGGCCUGCCGAGUGCCAAGGGAGGAAGUCCUAUCCACAAAGACACAUUCACUGUCACGCUAAUCGCCAUAAACUCUCCGCUCCGCUGCUCUGCCUCAAGCAUAGCAGUGAGAGGAAAAUGGCAAGUCACAGAGACCCUCGCUUUCUGCACAACCUGUCCUACCACCCACGAUGGCAGCACGACUCAAUACAAGUGAAGAGAAAAGGGCGCGUGCGGACAGUGGCUGCAAACAGUUGCAGUGGAUAUAGUGCGUUCAAAUCAUGAGCAGCUUCCUCAUCAAAACCACAGUUGCCAUCAUCCUCUGUGCGGCGCUCCAGGAGCUGGUCUGGGCACCGGCUCCUUCUGCAGUUGCUCGUAAUCUCAUCUCUGCCCUGUCAAGCCUGGGCGACCACUUUCAAGGUGGCCCUGGUCGGACCCUGGACGUGUGACCCCUGACACUCAAAAUCACUUCCUGACUUGGCAGCCCGCCUCGCCACUUCCCGCAUAAACAAGGACCCCUCCCUCAACAAAGGCUACUGGUAUGACUACACGCUGGUCAAUGAGGACUGCGUGUCAACCCGUGCCCUGGCCCGCUUUGCAGAGCUGGAAGGUUAUGGUGCUGCAAUUCUGGGCCCCGCCAACCCAGGAUACUGCUCCUCAGCCGCUUUGUAUGCAAAAGAGUGGGAUGUUGGGAUUCUUUCCUGGGCUUGCCUCAAACCCAACAUGAAUAAAUUAGGGAUGUAUUCCAACUUCCUGCGGCCGCUGCCACUGUCCUCUCGUGUCCUUUUCUCUGUUUUGCGAUACUUUGGUUGGGCCCAUGUGGCCAUCGUCUCAGAUGAGACCGAUCUGUGGGAAGCCACAGGACAGGAGCUGGCCUCGUCACUGAGGGCCCUCGGCCUUCCUGUCAACCCUGUGGUGACGAUGGCGUCCGACAAGGAUGGGCCUCGGAGGGCACUGGCUAAAGUGCGGGAAGCAGACCGGGUCCGAGGCAACGACACCAAGCUGCGCAAAGCCUAUGACGGAGUCCUCACCAUCACUAUGGACUCUGGAGAACGCAAUUUCUAUGAGGCCUUCAAAGACGCUCAGGACAGCUAUGAAAUCCGCAGCAGCAUCCCACCAGAACAGGUGAGAUCUGUGCGAUACGUCUGGGUAUGAUAAAAGAAGUGAUGAUAGAAGAAAUAUGUCAAAGGCAUGGACACAGUCACUUUCUUCUUUCUUCUUCUUGCGUUCAUUACGUUCAUUGGAUGUGGAGCUAACUUCUUUAUUAGUCUCAAGCGAAGUGGCAGGAUUGGGCUCAGCUCUGGAGGGGGUAACGGUGGAACAACAAAGGUCGUGCUGACCCUGGACUACCUGGUUUUCAUUAACACCCAACUCAGCAAACGGAAGCUCAAUGACGAAAGUAUCUUGAAAAGCCAGCUCGAUAUAAAGACACCUCAUCAGUCUGUGUCCGGCCGCAGCUCCAUGGCGUCCACACCAGACAGCUCCAAUGUCGCUGUGUUUGAGGGUGACUGGGUUUGGUUGAAGAAAUGCCCCGGUGGACCUGUAUCAGGUGUCAACAGCAGCACCGAGUCUAUCUUUGUUCAGCUCAGAGACAUGAGGCACGAGAACCUCAAUCUGUUCCUGGGACUGUUCUACGACUCUGGGAUCCUUGCCGUUGUGACCGAACACUGCACCAGGGGCAGCACGGAGGAUCUGCUCUGCAACGAGGAAGUGCGUCUUGACUGCAUGUUCAAGUCCUCCCUGUUAAUGGAUCUGAUUUGGGGAAUGAAAUACCUGCACAAUCGUAACAUCAUCCGCGGACGGCUCAAAUCCCGCAACUGUGUGGUAGACGGGCGCUUUGUAUUGAAAGUGACAGAUUACGGGUUCAAUGAAAUUCUGAUUGCCCAAGGCAUUGACACUGAUGAGGAAAAGCCAGAAAAUCUGCUUUGGACGGCUCCUGAGCUGCUGAGAAGCUCCAGUCUAAGGAGGAGGGGCACUUUCUCUGGGGAUGUCUACAGCUUCUCCAUCAUCGGUCAGGAGGUCAUCUCCCGCUCUGCACCGUACUGCAUGCUGGACAUGCCACCCAAGGAGAUUAUCAGCAAGCUCAAAAAGCCUCCUCCGUUGUGUCGGCCGUCCAUUGACGAGUCCCCGGUGGAGAUCAUACAGGUCAUGAAACACUGCUGGAGUGAAGACCCAGAUAAGAGGCCGACCUUUCAGGAGAUCUUCAAGCUGGUCAAGAAUAUCAGCAAAGGAAAGAAGACCAACAUCAUCGACUCUAUGCUGUGCAUGUUGGAGCAGUACUCCUCCAACUUGGAGGACCUGAUCAGAGAGAGGACUGAAGAGCUGGAGGUGGAGAGGCAGAAGACUGACAAACUGGUUGCUCAGAUCUUGCCCAAGUCCGUGGCCCAGGCGCUGAAAACAGGCAAGCCAGUCAAACCCGAGCAUUUCGGCGAGGUCACGCUCUACUUCAGUGACAUCGUGGGCUUCACCACCAUCUCAGCUCUCAGCGAUCCCAUCGAGGUGGUCGACCUCCUCAACGACCUCUACACACUCUUUGAUGCUAUCAUUGGACUGCAUGACGUCUACAAGGUGGAAACUAUCGGAGAUGCUUUCAUGGUAUCCUCAGGAGUCCCCACGAGGAACGGCAACCGUCAUGCAGCCGAAAUGGCCAACAUGUCUCUUGACAUCCUCCACUGCAUCGGGACCUUCAAGAUGAGGCACAUGCCUGAACUGAAGGUCCGAAUUUGUAUCGGCCUGCACACUGGCCCAGUGGUAGCAGGAGUAGUGGGUCUUACGAUGCCCCGGUACUGUCUGUUUGGAGACACUGUCAACACGGCAUCUCGAAUGGAGUCCACAGGGUUGCCUUACAGAAUCCAUGCGAACCGAAGCACAGUCGAUGUUCUUAAAAGCUUGGAUCUGGGAUACAAAAUUGACACCAGAGGGAUGACCGAGUUAAAGGAAUUGAGUACACAUAUUGGUUGGUAGGAAGAGAAGAUUUCAACAAGCCUCUGCCUAUUCCUCCGGACAUUUCAGGGGGAGGCAAUCAUGGUAUAGCUUUGGAGGAGAUACCUCCUGACAGACGACAACAAUUCUUGGAUCGACAGAAGAAGAUGGGCUAGGCUGAUUUUUUAAAAAAA